ACGUUCAACAGCGCUAGAGCUGACUGUUGCGAGGCAAAGGCGACUAGGCGAGUCUCGGUUACGCAGUCGCCACACUCACUCGACAAUAAUUUCGGAAUGACUGUGGGAUGGCGAGAAAAUGCACAGGAGAGACAUUUUGUUAUUCAUAUACUACAGAGGUUAUUGGUGAUAACAAUGACUAUAUAUACGCCUACGCAACAGUAGAUUAAUAUAUGAAACACACACACAUUGCAUGAUCAUGAAUAAAAGGUUGAUUACCGAUAGAGAUUCCUGUUUUAUCUAAGAAAGUUAAUCGAGAUUUUAAUAUUUUUAAAAAGGAAUUGUAAGAACAUUCUAACAAUUAUAAUCCGAUUAAGAUCGCUCUAUAAUAUCCUCCACUUAUGCAUUAACUGCAUCGAAUUUCCUCAUGCCUGUGAUGACGAUCGACGACGACGACACGACAAUCGACAGUGUUAGUUCCUUGGCUGAGCCAAGCUAAGCAACAUAAUUCCCUCUUGCAGGGAAUUCGUCGCAAGACACCCCGCUAAAAGUGUUUAUUUCAGCAUGUAAAUUUGCUGUCUAAUUAUGUUUUGUAUACGCAAUAUUCACAAGAAUUACAUAUCUUCAGUCAGAUUCAUUUCCAAGGCGAAAUACUCUCGACGCAGUGACAAAAAUACAAGUUCCUAUAAAGUUGUUCAAUCAAGAGAUGAUGCUCUUGAUGACUUUGACAACCAUGUCUUUGGAGUUGACCCGAACUGGGAGCUUCUUACUCCAAGAGGCUUCCGUUUCUAUCUUCCUGGGAGUAUAGGGCCAGGCUGGUUAGAUGCAUCAACCACUGCCCAUGUCGAAGUACGUUCAGUUGUUGUGCCAAAUGAGUUAGAAGAUUUAGAUUUUCUUAAAAACAAACAAAGAAAUAUCAAUGUUGAGGAAAAGAAGGAUGAAAUAUUUUCAAUACUACACUGUACAGCUCAGGAGUGCCCAACGCUACUGAGGAAAGGAAUUUUAGAGCUUUUUCCAAACUGCCUUGAAGUAACUUCACCUCAAUUAACUAUAGUUACAAUCUGUCAGAAAUCAAAUAGUAAAAUGUCCAGAUGGAGCAAAGAAAUAGAAACAGAAAAGUUUGCGCAAUAUUUUGUCCUUGCUGCAUCUGACAUUUGUAAAAAACUUAAAAUGUGUGGUUACUGGGCAGACUUUAUAAAUCCUUUUAGUGGACAACCUUAUUUGAAUACACACAAAAAUAGUGUUCUCUAUAAAACAGAUGAACGUUUCCGUUGUGUGGGAUUUAAAGUUGAACAAAAGAAGAAUUGUAAAAUAAUUACAUCUGACAAUGAUACGAAACAAUUCAUUGGUAAAAUAAGUACUUAUAUAUAUAGUUCAUUUUGUUCGACCUUUAAUUAUUUAAUUUUAAUAUUCAUUUUAGGAAAUCUUUAUACAACUGCACCAUCUAGUACAGAUUUUCUUAAAGAAAUAAUGAAUAACAUGAACCAUAAACUGGAUUGAAUUGUAUCUUUAAUGGUAAAUAGAUAGCAAUUUAAUUUAUGCACCAUUGAUUGGUGGGAUUAAUGUACAUCAGUGAAAGUAAAGACAAAUAUACAAGUGAGUUGUAUCAUAUUGUAAAAAAAGGAAGUAAUGGAUUUCAGUAAUUUACCAGUACCAUUGGUAAAUUAUUUCUUAAAGUCAAUUGCAAGAAUAAUUUAAAUUUAAAUUAUUAUAACUGAUAUUUUUCUUGUGUAAAAGGUUUCUUUGUUUUUAAUACUUGUUGGAAAUGAAAGUUCCAUUGUAAUUAAAAAUAUAAAAAUAAUGUUGGAUUUCUAUAGGAGCAAGCAAUCCCAAUUCCGCAAAUCAGUAAAAAGGAAAAUUCAUCAAUAAAAAAAAACUUGUUAAUAUUAUAA